AUUCUAUCGAAUAAAUUAAACACAUUAAUUCAUGAUGAUGAUGAAGAUAACAACUUCAAGAUUUUCGAAAUUUUCCCUUUUCAUAGUUCUUGCAGCUUUGUUCUUAAUUUGUUUCCCAACUCCUGCUGAAUCCCAGCAGAUUGAUCACAAUAAAUUUCUGCAAUGUCUGUCCCUUCGUUUGCAGAAUCAUAGCCAUGGAAUUUCCGACGUUGUUUACACUCCCAACGAGCCCUCGUAUUUGUCGAUUCUUCGAAAUUCCAUAAACAACCGAAGAUUCAUGUCGGCUCCUACUGCUCGACCUCAGGUCAUCGUCACGCCGUUGCAGGAAUCCCAGAUUCCUGCGAUUGUCGUUUGUGCGAAACAAAAUGGCAUGCAAAUCCGGACUCGAAGCGGCGGGCAUGACUACGAGGGACUCUCGUAUACCUCCCCAGUGCCGUUUGUUAUCGUCGAUUUGUUCAACCUCAAUGAUAUAGCUAUUGAUGUCGCACAAAUGACCGCAUGGGUUCAAACCGGUGCGACCAACGGGCAAUUGUAUUAUGCUAUAGGCCAAAAAAGCAAUACGAUUGGUUUCCCGGCGGGAUCAUGCCCCACGGUCGGAGUUGGCGGGCUUUUUAGUGGAGGAGGCUAUGGGCCGCUGUUUAGAAAAUACGGUCUUUCUGCCGAUAACAUCGUCGAUGCACGCAUGGUUGAUGCUAAUGGGAGGAUGCUCGAUAGGAAAUCUAUGGGCGAAGAUGUUUUUUGGGCCAUACGAGGUGGUGGAGGUGCGAGCUUUGGCGUCAUAACUGCAUGGAAGAUCAAAUUGGUGACGGUACCGGAGACUAUAAGAUUAUUUUCUGUUAGCAGGACUUUGCAGCAAAAUGCGACAGAGCUCGUCCACAAAUGGCAAUACGUGGCGCCUUCUAUGCCCAAAGAUAUUUUACUUUCACUCAGUGCUGGUCCGGUAACUAUCUCCGGUACUGGAGAAAGAACAGUGCAAGCCAACUUUAAUUCGAUGUUUUUGGGAAGAAUUGAUCAGUUACUCGAGUUGUUGAAACAAAGCUUUCCGGAGUUAGGCGUGAGAAGAGAAGAUUGUCUUGAAGUUAGCUAUAUUCAAUCUGCGCUCUACUUUGGAGGUUACAGUGUUCAACAAUCACCGGAGCUCUUAACCAGCAGAAAUCCCGAAGUUCCAAGCGCAAUUCGAGCCACAAGGUUUAGUUUUAAAUCAAAAACUGAUUACCUACUCAAGCCAAUUCCAAAAAGUGGUAUCGAAGGUAUGUGGAAGUUAUUGUUGGAACGUGCUCCCGACAUGGCAGAAUUGUUGAUGGUUCCAUACGGUGGAAGAAUGAAUGAAAUUCCAGAAUCCGCAAUACCAUUCCCUCAUCGAGCUGGAACUCUCUACAAAUUCCAACAAUUUGCGUAUUGGACACAACCCGAAGAAUCUGAAGCAUCCCUUAGUUGGGUAAGAAACUUUUAUGGUUACUUGACUCCUUUUGUUUCGAAAUCUCCUCGCCUCGGCUACCUCAAUUAUCGGGAUCUUGAUUUGGGAGUCAACAACGGAGAUAAAACUAGCUAUACAGAAGCUAGUAAAUGGGGAUUGAGGUACUAUAAAUCCAACUUUAAUCGAUUGGUUCGAGUGAAGACCAUGAUUGAUCCGACUAACUACUUUAGAAAUGAGCAAAGUAUUCCUGUCGGACUUGGCCGCAAGAAUUUCUAGAAAGUUUAUUUCAAUGGCGAUGCUACCAUCAUUGGUUGUGGAAGACACUACUUCGUAGCAACUAUGAAUAAUUCAUUCAUGUUUUUUUUUAUUAAGAUUAUUGCAAUGAUAUUUAGAGUUAUAUUUUCUUAAUUGUAUUGUUGUAUGGUUUAUAUGUAGUUGAUUUGUGGUGCCAAUCAUCAUAUUUCACAAAGU